AUGGGCGCGAAACGCAAGGCGAGUGAGCCGGCUGAGCUACUCAGACUACGCUCGGAAGAUCCGGAAGAGGCGCUUGAGAUUGCGCGAGCAGACAGUCAGUCAGUCUCGAUAGCCCAAGACUGCCCGCCACCACCUUCCUACAAAGCAGAUCGUCCGCUCGUUGAGUCUUAUACAUGGCACAGCUCGGCACGCUACGAAUCUGCGGGGGCGGGCAAGGCUCGAGCUGUGACGUCGCGAAGACCAGAUGAUACGCCGUACAUGCUUGGCAUAGACGAGGCCGGGAGGGGUCCAGUACUCGGACCGAUGGUCUACGGAGCCGCUUACUGCCCAAUCGCGUAUGAGGGGCAGCUCGAACGAUUGGGUUUUGCAGAUUCCAAGACAUUGACGGCGGCACGACGGUCUGAGCUCCUGCGGGUGCUCUGCAAGCCAGCUCGUGGAGCUCACAUGUCCGGUGCAGCUCUGUCUGACCCCUCGAGCGACAAUCUCGAAUGGGCAGUGCGCGUGAUGAGCCCAUUCGAUAUCUCUCGUGGCAUGCUCCGCAAGACGCCUUACAACUUGAACGCGCAGUCGCACGAUGCGACGAUCAUGCUCAUCCGCGAUGUCAUCCAGAUGGGUUACAACAUCGCCGAGGCUUAUAUUGAUACUGUCGGCAUCGCAUCACAGUACCAGGACUUCCUCAGCGGCGUCUUCCCGACGAUCAAGUUUACUGUCACGAGCAAGGCCGACAGCAUCUAUCCCAUCGUAGGCGCGGCAAGCAUUGCUGCCAAAGUGACUCGCGACAGCGUGCUCGAAGGAUGGACGUACCGCAACGCGCUCCCAGCUAUGCUAGUCGCCGAGUCAGACGACAGCGACUUCGGCUCUGGCUAUCCCGGCGAUCCGAGAACGGUGGCCUGGCUCGAACGUAACAUGGAUCCCGUCUUUGGCUUUCCCGCCGUCGCGAGAUUCUCGUGGGCAACGGUCAAAAACAUGCUCGAGAAGAAGGCGGCUCAUGUCAGAUGGUCAGACGAACCGCCGAAGAUUCAAAAGUACUUCGUACCAACGACACGAUCGCAUCAGUCCACACUCGUGCGAGACUUGCGAUUGGCGCCGGUGACAAGCUUGUAG